AUGGAAAAACGUAGUUUAAAGUCUCUAACUGUCGGUGAUAAAAUAAAAAUUAUUGAAGAAGUAAAAAAAGGAGUGAAAUGCAAAAAAGAUAUCGCGAGUGAAUUCGGUAUUCCUGCUAGUACCUUAUCGACUAUAUUGAAGGAUAAAGAUAAAAUUCUCAAAGCAGUUGAAGAAGCCCCCUGCUUACCACGCCGGAAAAGAUUUAAAGCAUCAAGUUUCCCAGAAAUUGAGCAUGCUAUGACCGAAUGGAUAAAGCGAGUAAGAGAUUAUAAUUUACCCAUUUCAGGACCGUUAAUUCAAGUAAAAGCAGCAGAGUUCGCAAAAAAUUUAGGCCUCACAUUUCAAGCUAGUUCGGGUUGGCUGGAAAAAUUUAAAUUGAGGAACAGAAUAGUAGAAAAAAUCAUAUCAAGUGAGAGUGUCGCGGUGUCUGAAGUUGACAGUGAACAUUACCGAACAAACAUACUACCAAAAUACUUCAGCAUUGUAAGACAUUCAGGUGCUAGCUCUGUAUUUUAUUUAGCACAGACAUAUUCUAAAAUAUCGAAACAGCUAAUAAGAGAUAACUCAAACUUUUUAAUGAUACUGAAACAAGAUGAUACAAAUUUACGACAUAUAUUCAACGAUCAUUCAUCAGCAGAUAUGGAUUUCACAGAAUUUCGGAAAAUUUCUCAUUUAUGUUGGAAUCACAGUGAUUACGGGUUUCUGGUCAUCGAUAAAACUCGAGAAAUGAAUGAUGGAAGAUACAGAUGUGGUUUUAUACGUUUAUUAAAAUAA